CGCAUUCCUUGAUCGUCGUACCUGGACCGGAUGCUUACCCGGGGCCUUCUUUGCAAUUGUUUGUAUGCUCUGCCACCUCGGAUCCCGAUACUGUAUCCGUAGGUAAUGCUGUAAUGGCUCCGGCCCGGGUUGUCCAUGGGAUAGGCCCCCUCCCCCUUUUUUUGUCCCUUCUGGUCCCCUCAGACUCCAAAGUCGCCGUGGCCGCAAAUAUCGAAAACAUUCUGGUUUUCUUGGCAUUCGUGUACCCAUAUGCUUCUACUUCUAGCACAGAGAAUGUCCCUGUCCAUCCAAAGAGCACGAAUGCAACCGCGACCCGAGCUUUGGACGUGCUCGGCCUAUUUACAACUCUGCGUUGGUCAGGUUGCUUGUUCACUUCAUACUAACCGGGUCAUUUCCCCGGCGGUUUAUAACCUGUGUGGGGUGUUAAGAGGUGAGCAUACAUUUCUGAAAAGGUGCGGGAAACAUGAGGGGGAGUGCCCGCCCGGCAACUAUUACGCUGCCACGCAGACAUUCAUUGAGAGCUUACAUUGGCUGGCUAACUGCUUUGGGUUUAGUAAGCAACCACCACACGCUGUUCUCCUCUUUCAGAAAGCUUGGUUUGCAUUUCUCUUUCUCACUGGUUCUCACCUGUCGACGAUGAGUUUCCUGGUGGAUUGAUGGACACUGGUCAACAAUUCCCGAGUCUCGAAACUCUACCUGAUUGGCAAAACAUCGCAGUCUGCAUUAUGAUUGAGAUAGCGACAUGAACCCAAUCUGUCAGAUCACCGUCGAUCACACCAUAUAGAUCAAUAAGGGAAGGGGUGGG